GCGAACGGGGGCGGGGCUCGCUCCUCGCGACCGGAAGUGGCCGUUGAACCGCUGUAGGACGGGAAAGAGGUUGGCGCUGUGAAGUCCAGCAGCUCUGGCCCCUUUCCCUAGGUUUGCUGAUCGUCUCGGCGCUUCCAGACCCGCGAUCUGAGCAUGCAGAUCACUGUGGAGGAAAGCCGAGGUAUCACCAUGGCAACCAUCAGCCCUCCGGUCGCGUGACGUCACCCUCCUCGCCGAGCUAGGAUCGGCCUCUACCGGAGGAAGCUGGGGGGUCCUGGAAGCGGGCGCCCGGUGCAGCCUUCGGCACGGGCGGUUCCGCCCUGACCCCGCGGACCGCUUUGUUCUUUUGUUCCGCUCUGGGAGGGAGGACCGGAGCUGGGCCCCGCCCCGCUGGGCCACCUUCCAGCUUCCCGCCCCCGCAACAGGACCCCGUGGCCGCUGGGCAGAACUCUGCGGUGUGACCGACGCGGGCUGCUGACCCAUCUGUCUUUCAGCCAGCCAUCCUCAGCGUGUGUUAAGGUUCAGAGCCCUUGCUGGACAGCUGAGCCCCAGACGGAGGACCCAGCUGGAGGGACGCUGCUGGGGACGUGGUGACCAGGUUCCAGAGGCACGGGAUUGGCUCCUGAGAUGGAAGAGCUGUCCUCUCCAAUAUCUGCCCUUCUCCAAGGGGGACAUACUCUACUCCCAUCAGCCAGUUUUCAGGAAUCAGUGACCUUCAAGGAUGUGAUAGUGGACUUUACCCAGGAAGAAUGGAAACAGCUGGAUUCUGUACAGAGGGAUUUAUUCAGGGAUGUGACCCUGGAAAAUUAUACACACCUGGUCUCUAUAGGACUCCAAGUUUCCAAACCUGAUGUGAUUUCCCAGUUAGAGCAAGGGACAGAGCCAUGGAUCGUGGAUCCAGGCAUUCCAGUGGGUGGCUUUGGAGGCUGGGAAACAAGACUAGAAAAUAGCACAUCAGUCCCAGAGCCAGACAUUUCUGAAGAAGAGCCAUCUCCAGACACAGUCGUGGAAAAACACAAAAGUGAUGACUCUUGGAGUUCUAACUCCUCAGAAAUGUGGGUGUCUAAAGAAAGUCUAGAGAGGCAGCAGGCAAAUGAACAAACACUGCCAAGGGAAAUAAAAAUAACUGAGAAAACAAUACCUGCUUUGGAGAGAGACCAUGUUAAUCAUGACUUUGAAAAAAGCAUCAAUGUUAGUUCAACCCUAGUAACACAACAAGAUGUAUCUCCAGAAGAGACUGCUACUAAAACAAGCAUCAAACAGAAUUUAAAACCAGUUAAAAAAGAGAAAUCUUGUAAGUGCGACGACUGUGGGAAAGCUUUCAGCUACUGCUCGGCACUCAUCCGCCAUCGGAGAACACACACUGGGGAAAAACCCUACAAGUGUCACGAGUGUGAAAAAGCCUUCAGCAGGAGCGAAAACCUUACAAACCAUCAAAGAAUCCACACUGGAGAUAAACCAUAUAAAUGCGAUCAGUGUGGAAAAGGCUUCAUUGAGGGUCCAUCUCUUACUCAACAUCAAAGAAUCCACACAGGAGAAAAACCCUAUAAAUGUGAUGAAUGUGGGAAAGCCUUCAGUCAGAGGACCCAUCUUGUUCAGCAUCAGAGAAUUCAUACGGGUGAGAAACCAUAUACUUGCAAUGAAUGUGGAAAAGCCUUUAGCCAGAGAGGCCACUUUAUGGAACACCAGAAAAUUCAUACAGGAGAAAAACCAUUUAAAUGCGAAGAAUGUGAUAAAACCUUCACGAGGAGCACUCACCUUACUCAACAUCAAAAAAUUCACACUGGAGAGAAAACCUAUAAAUGUAAUGAAUGUGGGAAGGCCUUCAAUGGGCCCUCAACGUUUAUCCGUCAUCAUAUGAUUCACACUGGUGAAAAGCCAUAUGAAUGCAAUGAAUGUGGGAAAGCCUUCAGUCAGCACUCAAACCUCACUCAACAUCAGAAAACACACACUGGGGAGAAACCUUACGAUUGUGCUGAAUGUGGGAAGUCCUUUAGUUACUGGUCAUCCCUGGCUCAACAUCUGAAAAUUCAUACUGGAGAAAAACCUUACAAAUGCAAUGAAUGUGGGAAGGCCUUCAGUUACUGCUCAUCCCUUACUCAGCACCGCAGAAUUCACACCAGGGAAAAGCCCUUUCAAUGCAAUGAAUGUGGGAAGGCUUUCAGUUACCUCUCAAAUCUUAAUCAGCAUCAGAAGACUCAUACCCAAGAGAAAGCUUAUGAAUGUAAGGAAUGUGGGAAAGCCUUUAUUCGGAGUUCAUCUCUUGCUAAACAUGAAAGAAUUCAUACUGGUGAGAAACCCUAUCAGUGUCAUGAAUGUGGGAAAACCUUCAGUUAUGGCUCAUCCCUUAUUCAGCAUAGGAAAAUACAUACUGGAGAAAGACCUUACAAGUGUAAUGAAUGUGGGAGAGCCUUCAACCAGAACAUACAUCUUACACAACAUAAGAGAAUUCACACGGGAGCAAAGCCUUAUGAGUGUGGCGAGUGUGGCAAAGCCUUUCGACAUUGUUCAUCUCUUGCUCAACAUCAAAAAACUCACACAGAAGAAAAGCCCUACCAGUGUAAUAAAUGUGAAAAGGCUUUUAGCCAGAGCUCCCAUCUGACGCAGCAUGAAAGAAUUCACACUGGAGAGAAGCCGUAUAAGUGUAAUGGAUGUGACAAAGCCUUCAGCAGGAGCACUCAUCUAACUGAGCAUCAGAACACUCACACUGGGGAGAAGCCAUACAACUGUAAUGAAUGCAGGAAGACUUUCAGCCAGAGCACUUACCUCAUUCAGCAUCAGAGAGUUCAUUCAGGAGAGAAGCCUUUUGGAUGUAAUGAUUGUGGAAAAGCCUUCAGGUAUCGUUCUGCUCUCAACAAACAUCAGAGGCUGCACCCUGAUAUGACUAUUCCAGGAGCAUCAUAAACGUAGCGAUGCAUUUACUCUACUUUGUCCUAUUGUUAAGUACUGAAGAACCAAAAUGGAUUGAGAAACUGCUUAAGUAAUUUUCACUUUUCACUGUCACACUUUGGAACAGAAAGUACACUGAGCUGAAGUAAUCCAUUACGUUAAGCAACUUUGUAACAUUGGAAAAUUCAACUGCUUCCAGCUUCACUUUCCUUCGUGAAAUGAGGGACUUGGAAGGAGAUGAUUCUGAAGGUCAUGUGGAGGCUGAUGCUCAGUCCGUUCACAAUGUAUUCUUGAGUAGGGUGACUGCAUACCAGGUUCUGCUGUGCUGCAUCUAGAAUAUAUUCAUGCAUGUUUUGUAACAGCGUUUACACUAUGGUAACUAGACUAGAGAUCUAUUAAGCUCCUGUUCUAAUGCAUUUAAGUUGAAUAACUGGUUCCUAAUAAAAAGAGUUAUAAAAUACCCUCCUGUUAAUAAUUCAGUAGCAUAUAAUGGCUUAACUCAACAUAAGUACUGUACUUUCCUACUGUUUUCUAGUAUGUUUUAACAUUCCAGUUUAUUACAGAGAUUCUCUUCUACAGCUUAAACCAGUGUUAUCUGACCCUAGUUGCAUAGUAGAAUCAGUUCAGGAACUACAAAGCUUUAUUGCUAAGUUCCACCACCAGAGACUGUAAUUUAAUUGCCCUAAGGAGUGUGAUCCAGGGGUCAGUAUAUAUAUAUAUAUAUAUUUUUUUUUUAACUCCUAAUUGUGUUUCAUCUGUAAAAUAAAGAGUAUUCAAGGAAUUAAUUUAUUAGGCAUGAUAGUAGCACAUGUAAGAAACAGUCCAUAGUUUUUAGAGAUGAUAAUGGAAUAUCUAGGGGUGAAAUUACAUGAUGUCCUAGUUUCAUUUAAAAUAUCUCAGCAAACAACACGAAGGAAAAAUGACUAAUAGAGCAAAUGUGGCAAAUUUUAAAUAAUUGUUGAAUCCUGGCAAUUGGCAUAUGAGAGUUCAAUUUACUAUUGUCUAAUUUUGCACGUUUUAAGUUUGUCAUUUUAAUAAGUGAACAUUAUGUUUUGUCAAUUUCUUAGAGAACAAGUUUAAAAUAGACUUAGCUGGUUUUGUGAUCCCUGAGAUUAAAAAUUCAAAACAA